AUGGGAUGUCAACAAAGUGGAGUGCGAAUGUCUCCUCAGGACCUUAGUGAUCGCACUCCCAGUGGUCAACACGGGUUUACAGGGGAUGCCAGCAACACGGCACUUCCCACUGUUCCAACAGACUCAUGGUAUGGUAAAAACUUUAGUGAAACAUCACGUAUGGCAUUUACCGAGUUUCACUUAAAGCAGCGGGGAAACAUCGUUUUCGCCGGGACCCCCGUUCCUGUUGGCGCCUCGGAAUUGGGUGAGUUCCCUGGCAACUCCCCACCGCUGCUCACAAGGGCAGUUAUUGGCAAGGACAAUGUGUACGGCAUGGCGUACCUCUAUAGCACUCCACUUUCCAUUGAGCAUCAGUGGAGACUGCGUGUAUGCCACUACCAAAUAGCGUGUUCACCCUCUGGACAAACGCUAGGGGAAGUGCCGGGGGCGCUUUCUACACUUCCUGAGACCCCAACGACAGAUGAGCAGAAAAUCAGACUGUGGAACUUCGCUAAACAAGUCUACGACCGGCCGCUUUGCGACACUUUUGUUGGGAUCAAAGUGUAUGUUGACGGAGAGCUUGUGCCCGACCGUUAUCCGAGAGCCAAAAGUCUCCCAAACUGCACAGCUACACUCGAAUCUAGUGAAGUGUUUAAUAACUGGACCUGUGUUCCUUUUGUACUUGUUGGUUACGUGAACAGUCCGAUGAUAAGUACUGUUACGAUGUACAGGCACCUGUCCCUUAGCUUCGUUGAGUACUUGUUGGGCAAAACCAUCACGGGUGGAGAAACCGACAGAACAAAAGAUGAAGAGGUGGCGGAAUGUAAAGACGAGAAUACCGUUGGGGAUGGACGUAGUGUGGACGCGCCCGAUAAGCCGAAGGAGGAGGUCACCCAGUCUUUCAAUGUUUCUGUAGAGGUUGUGUACGGUUGUGAGGCGGAGAUGAAUUUCUGCACAGCCCACAUUGCGAAGGGGAACAUAGAACUUGUUAUGGGAGAGCACUCAGACGCAGCUUUACGAAAAUAUAAGGCUUCACUUGAGGAGUUUCUUAGGAAAAGCGGCAACGAGCGUCAUCAGGUAGUUGCGGUGGAUCCUUUGACACUCAAAGGGCGGAACUCGGCAUUAUGGACUUGUUUGUUUUGCGGGUCUCCCCUGCAGUUCACGUGUACGAUUUGCGGCGCCGAGCUGUGUGGAAUGUCUUCGUGUGUGUGGAAGCCCUUCACGGGGUAUCCGCUUGGCUGCUCGUCUCAUAAGGCGCAGGCGUGA